CCUCUUAACUGUUACAACUUUACAUCUCUCUUUCUCUUUCUCUCUAGUAAUGGCGAUCUCUUCAGGAGGUGAAAAUGCAAGGCCAGUUUGUGUAAUGGAUGCUUCAGGGAACUUGGGUAUUGGACUAGUGGAGAGGCUUUUGAAGAAGGGCUACUCUGUUCAUGCUGCAGUUCAAAAUGGAGAUGAUGGCCAAAUUCUAAGGAAAAUGAUCACUGAGAAUGAGAAUCUGAAGGUUUUCGGCACCGAUAUGAUGGAUUAUCAGAGCAUUAUCGAUGCCAUUAAGGGUUGCUUUGGCCUUUUCUAUGCCUUCAAGAGUCCCAUGGAUCAAUCGGAUUAUGAUGAGUUCUCAGUGGAAACUGAAGUCAUGGCAGCACAUAACGUGCUAGAAGCUUGUGCUCAAACAGAGAGCAUGGAGAGAGUAGUGUUCACUUCAUCGGUCACAGCCGUUGUUUGGAAAGGUGACAAGAAUCAAGCAUCAGAUGUUGAUGAGAGAGAUUGGAGUGACCCCAACUUGUGCAGAAAGUUCAAGUUGUGGCAUGGCCUAGCAAAGACCCUUGCGGAGAGAACGGCUUGGGCCCUAGCAAUGGACAGAGGAGUGGACAUGGUCUCAAUAAACUCAGGUCUCUUGACUAGGCCUCAAAUCCCUCUCUCACAUCCUUACUUGAAAGGAGCUGCCGAGAUGUAUGAAGGCGGGGUGUUUGUAACGGUCGAUAUUGGCUUCUUGGUGGAUGCUCACAUAUGUGUCUAUGAGAACCCUUCAGCUUAUGGCCGUUAUAUUUGCUUCAACCAACUCAUCAAUAGAUCCGAGGACGCAGCGAGAUUUGCAAGGAUGCUAAGGCCCCCCGUUCCGAGCCCCCCAUCAAGUGAGGAUUCCAAAAUUUAUGAGCAAAGAAUCACCAACAAGAAGCUCAACAAAUUGAUGGUGGAUUUUGAGAGAGAAGAUGAGAACCAACAGUGUAUCUAACUUGCUUUGGGCCUCUUUGUCGAUAGAAGUGAACCAUGUACAAUUUUGAAAAGCCUAAGAAUAACACUCUUCAGAUUCCAAAGAAUCAAAAGUUUAAGAAAAAGGUUGAAGAAUCUGAGAGGUGAUCACUGUAGAAAAAGAACUUUGGGCAACCACCAAUCACAGGUGGACCCAUCCACUCUUAUCUUGUUCAUAAACAAACUAUGUUUAAAUAAGUAGUAUUAUAUUUUGUAUGGCACAGAGAGAUUUCUUCAAUGGAAUAUCGUCUCAUCAUAAA